AUGGUGCCUCUAGUAGCGUAUCUUGCAUUAUUCUUUAACUUAUGGACAUCAUAUCAAGCUAAAACUGUUUUACUUGUGACGCCUGAGAAUGAAGUAUCUCUUCGGCUUGCUGCUGAUCUCUAUCAUGCAGCACAAGAGGCCGUUGAAGCUCUAGAAAAGGAAAGACUUUUGCGACAGAGUAUCGAUGUUUAUCCAGAAAUUGCAGCAGCGUAUAACAACUUGGCCAUGUUAAUUUACGAACGACAGGAAAGAGAUGAAGCUUUGCAAUUAUUGCAACGCGGUUUGCAAGCUGCUAAAGCAACCCACGAUCAGGAAAACUUGGCUAAGAUCCACAAUAAUCUCGGACUUAUCAUUCGGGAAUCCGGGAAGUUGAGCGUUGCUUUCUCCCUACAUGCACUUGAGCAUUUUGAAGAAGCGUUGGCAAUUGACUUAAAUUUUGUAGAGGCUCUAUACAAUAAGGCUUCAGUUAUGUUGGCAUUACGACGUAAUUAUGAUUCAUUAGAAUUAUUGCAAAGAGUCGUGGAGCUUGAGCCAGAUUAUCAACAAGCCCAUUUGGAUCUAGGAAGAAUUUUUUUUGAACAUGGAAAUUUAGAAUAUGCCUUGAAACAUGAAGAUCAUGUGAUUUUGAUGGCUACGACAACCGAGGAGAAACUACAAGGAUUACAUAACAAAGGAGUGUUUUUAAAAGAAUACAACUUGCUCUCAAGCGCAUUAGAAGUAUAUAAUGAGAUGCUUGCAAUUGACGCCCUUGGGUCCUAUGUGCUGGUGGAUUUGAUGAAUGUGAAACGAUCAUUAUGUGAUUGGCAAGGCAUGGAAUUACUCGAAAGUCAAGUCAUUCGUGCUGCACAACAACAACUUGAGCUUAAAAUUGUUCAAGAUGCUGUCAUUUUUUUACCAUUUGAUUUGACGCUGCUCAGAACGUCAGAUCAUUUUCGAAAGCUUUUGGCAGUACAAGCUUCAAAAGUGUAUGAACAGUCUAGUACGCUUCAGCUCCUACCAUUGGCUUGGAGUUCGAAUAUCGUAACCUGGAAUCGUCCACGGACUCCUACACGUUUAAAAGUCGGAUACUUAAGCUUUGACUUCCGUGAUCAUCCCAUGAGCCACCUUACGUUAGGAUUAAUUGAGCAGCAUGCGGCUCUGGCUCGAAAUGUUAAUACGAUUUGCUACUCCUAUGGUCCAAAUUCGGUUGUUUCGGCAUCUUGGCGACGAUUAUUUGAAGAAAAGUGUGAUGUUUUUCGUGAUUUAUUAGGUGUAUCUGACCUCGAAGCUGCUCAGAUGAUUGCAUUAGAUGAAAUUGACAUUUUGGUGGAUCUUAUGGCACACACUAAAGGCGCUAGAUUGGGUAUAACAUCCUUACGUCCGAGCCGAAUCAUUUUGAACUACUUAGGCUAUCCGGGAACGAUGGGCUCAACUUUUACUGAUUUUGUCAUGGUCGAUCAACUGAUUCUUCCACCAGAAGUAGCGGCGGCAAGUAUGACAGAACAAGUGAUUUACCUUCCAAACACAUAUCAAGUCAAUCGGUAUGAGCCUUCGAUCUUUUCUUGUAUUGACUCAAAAUGUCAGGGAGAAAAGCGACUUCAGCAUGGACUUCCACUAGAUGUCGUGGUUUUCUGCAACUUUAAUACAAUUAACAAAAUGGAAAGCACUUCGUUUGCUGUAUGGAUGAGCAUUUUAAGGCAAGUACCGACAAGUGUGCUUUGGCUGCUCGCUCCCACAGGUCCAGAUGCACCUCGUGUGAUCAGAAUGCUGCAGGAGCAAGCAAUGGCGCAUGGUGUUCUUCCAUCGAGAGUAAUUUUUGCUCCAAAAAUUAACAAGUCUGAGCACCUUGAACGGAUCACACUCGCAGACCUUUUCUUAGAUUCCUUUAUCUACAAUGCUCAUUCAACGGCAGCAGAUGCUCUGUGGGCAAAUAUUCCGAUUGUAACCAUGUGGGGAGACACUUUUCCUUCUCGUGUGGCUGCCUCUCUAGUCGUCAACGCUUUUCCAUUUCCAGAGUUAAUUGCACAAAGCAUUAAAGAUUACGAGCACUUGGCAGUGUAUCUUGCCAAGACGCCGACAAUUCUUCACCGCAUUCGAAAGGAAUUGGCAUCUCAUACGCUGACGUCGCCCUUAUUUAACACAAAGCAAACGACAGAAUCGAUUGAGUUUGCGUAUGAAGUGAUGCACGAUGUUGUUAACCGCUUACGUUCGUUUUCAGAAGACGAUCAGAAGCCUCGAUUUCAGCUUAUCAUCCAAGCAAGUCGCGCAAUGAAAGCAGAAAACCAGCAAAAAGUCAUUCACUCCUGUAUAUCUCGAGCAAUCAAGCAAGGGAUCGCGCUUCAGGAUGUAGGAGACUUUGUCAAAGCUCAGAAUGUGUAUUUACGUGUGUUACGAGCUAGUCCGGCGAAUUCAGAUGCAAACCAUCUAUUGGGCACUCUUUACUACAAGAGCGGUCACUUUGACCAUGCCGUUGAGUACCUUAGUCGAGCUGUGGCGUUGAACCCGGUUGAAUUUUCGUACCACUUUGAUCUAGCGUCAAGUUAUGUCUCGCUGAGGCAAUUUGCGCUUGCUGAAACCGAAUUUCAAGCUGCUUUGCAGCUUGAUCCAUUUGAUCGGAUGACGAUCUUAAAACUUAGUGAAGUGUAUGCUCAUCGGAAAGCUUUCGACAAAAUUGUUGAUCUCUAUGCAAUCUAUGGGGAGGUUGUGUUUUCAAUCAGUGCUAAUCAAGACGAGAUACGACAAGCUUUUUGCGACUAUUCCAUUGCGCUGGACAAGACUGGACGCUCUCAAGAGGCUAUUGAUCUGUUAGAAAAUGCUACGAAACUCUAUCCGACCAUUUAUGAAUUGCACCUAUAUCUUGGAGCACUGUACAUCGAGCAUGAAAGAUAUGAGGAAGGAAAUCAGCUGCAGGCGAAAGCCGUGCAAACUCAAGCUCGAUCACUUUUCGCGACUCAAGGACGGUAUUUUCCAAAGAUUCCACGUCCUCAUCACAAAGUCGUUCUCGCAUUUUACUGCCACGAGUACGGACAAUCUUGGUGGGACCAGUGGGGGCCCUCGUCACUUAAUGCUGGUCUUGGUGGAUCGGAAGAAGCUGUCGUGUUUUUGUCUCGUAAGCUUCAAAACCUUGGCUACUGGGUCGAAAUCUAUGGCGAUCCAUCUCGUCAAGAUAUUUCCACGCUGGAUGAAGCAGACGAAGACACAGUGCGAUGGUAUCCACACUACGCGUACGAUCCCGACGACACACGAGUUGAUAUAUUCGUAGCUUGGCGGUAUCAUAUUUCUUUAGCAAUAGGUUUGUCUGCUCGUAAACGGCUUUUGUGGAUGCACGAUCUUCCGCAACUAGCUGUGAGCCAUUCAAUCGAGUUGCUUUAUCAUGCGGAUGGAAUCGUGUGUCUUAGUGCUUUUCAUGCCUCUGCGUUUCCUGCGCAUCUUCAGUCCAAGAUCACAAUCGUUUCAAAUGCAGUGGAUCAAUCGUUUUUCGUCGAUGGGGCAAACCACGCUAAUCGUUUCGUCUACGGGAGCUCCCCAAAUCGCGGACUGUAUACAUUACUCAAAGCCUGGCCACGGAUCCGAGAACACAUUCCGAGUGCUGAACUUUCGGUUUUCUACGGGUUCACACCGGCAUUUUUGAAAUGGGGUAACAAUCAAAUGACUGACUUUGCCGACUGGGUGAAUGAAAUGGAGCAACUUCUUAAUAACACACCCGGUGUGCGCUAUGUGGGCCUUGUCAAUCACGUACAACUAGCCGAGGAAUAUGCAAAUGCUGGCUUCUAUCUCUACCCAACAACUUUUUCGGAAACAAGUUGUAUCUCUCUCAUGAAAGCCAUGGCGAAUGGUGCCAUCCCUUUAACCAGCAGGUAUCCCCUUUCAGCUCUACCAGAGACUGUGAACGACUUUGAUCUCGGACCACGACCACUCCAACGAAAGACGAUUGGUACGUUAAGAUCGACAAUCGUUCGACAGAAUCUAACAUUGCUUGUAGAUGACGAUCCAGAAUGGCUCGAGCUCUGGAUCCAAAACGUUAUCAAAGCUGUAGACAAUAAACAGCUAGCGAAGACAGUUCGUGAACGAAUGAAACGUUUUGCUCGGGAUAAUUAUCGCUGGGACAUCGUUGCUUCGAAAUGGCAUCAAUUAAUAAAGUAA